AUGAAGUUUCACGUGCUCACCCUGGGCUUACUUGCGUCUCUGGCACAAGCAAAGCCUUCAAGACGUUCCACCAUUCAGAAGAGAGCCUCCAUCACUGAUGUCGGUACUGGAUUCGCAUCUCUGAACGGUGGAACAACCGGAGGAGGAAGCGCAACACCAGUCACAGUUUCCGACUAUGCUGGACUAGUAGCAGCUGUGGCGGGUGUUGAGCCCAAGGUUGUUAUCAUCACCGGGCCCAUUGAGCACUCGGGUGAGCCUGUCAACAUUGGCAGUCACACCACGCUCGUGGGUGCCGACAGCUCCGUCGUCCUGACCGGCUUUGGACUGCUCAUCAGAGAGAACAAGAACGUCAUCGUCCGUAACAUCGCAGUCGCCAAGGUUCCUGCCACGAACGGUGACGCAGUUGGCAUGCAGUACGCUGAGAACGUCUGGCUAGACCACAUGGACCUUUCCGGCGACAUGAACAGCGAGAAGGACUUCUACGACGGACUGUGCGAUAUCACUCGCAAGUCUUCGUAUGUGACCCUCUCGAACUCUUAUAUCCACAACCACUGGAAGGGAUCUCUGAUCGGUCACUCUGACGACAACGCUGCCGAGGAUACCGGCUUCCUCAAGGUCACUCAGAACAACAACUACUGGCAAAACGUCGGCUCCCGCACUCCAUCUCUGCGAUUCGGACAGGCCCACAUCUACAACUCGUACUUCGAAGCCACGGAUGAUGGAAUCAACGUCAGACAGGGUGCUCAGGUCCUCGUCGAGUCCAACGUCUUCGAUGGAACCGAGAAGCCACUCUACAGUGUUGACCAAGGAGGUGCUGUUGAGAGCGACAACGUCUGGGGCGCCGGAGAGAACACCGUGCCCGCCGGAACUUUGACCACUGUUGAAUACCCGUACGAGUUGCUGGGCAGUGGUUCGGUUAUCGCCAGCGUUGUAGGAACUGCCGGCAACACCCUCACCUUUGCCACAGACGGAACUGUCACGGGAGCCCCACCUCGCAAGGGCAACGAGACAGAUACUUAUGCACCACCAGGAGGCUACACUCCAGUCACACCCCCACCCGAAUACCCCGAGGGCAAUGUACCAACUACCCUUGUGACCAGCGCGGCCCCGGCAAAGACUGAGCCCCCCACCGAGGGAUACGAGCCAACUCCUCCCAAGACCGAAGAGGGGAAGAAAGAGAAGCCGCCAGUUCCUCAGAGCUCCACCUACCAGCCAACUCCUAAGCCCGUCGAGGCGAAGAAGGAGGCGCCAGUUCCUGAGACAACAACCUACGAUGCAACCCCCAUGCCCGUCUACUAG